AUGUUGCAUGCUUCUAGGCUGCCUGAUGACAUAAGGGCUAAUAAUGGCAUCCCAAGUAAGGCUUUGAAUGAGCUUUUAUGGUCUGGAUAUGGUGUUGAGAUGGCACAACCAGACUUUGCGUUGCCAUCUAACCGUGAUGUUAUCAAAUCAACAAACGAGGGUUCACAUGCAAAUUGUGCUUGGUAUCCCCCUGCACAUCCAGAUAGACCCCUAGUAUUUAUGAGCAUUUUCAUAUCUUUCAAGGCUUCUCUGGAUGGCCUUUUUGCUGGUUGUAAGAGUCUUAUUGGAGUGGAUGAGGCUCAUUUAAAGGGUAAUUAUGGUGGUGUUUUGUUAUCUGCAAUUGCCCUUAAUGGCACCAAUGAAAUGUUUCCAGUGGCAUGGGGUAUUGUUUCAUGUGAAGAUGAAGAGAGUUGGAAGCAGAAGGGAAUUGACAAGACUCUCAAUGAUUUGUGGCCUAAGGUGCAAAGAAGAUAUUCAUGUGGGGCUUUCUCAACCUUCACAUUUGCAAAGACCAUGAAUGAGAUUGAGAAAAACAACCCUGAGGCUAGGAAAUGGCUUGUUAACUUGGGUUCACAGGAGAGAUGGACAAAACAUAAAUUCGAUCCUGAAUUGAAGUGUGACAUUAACAAGACAAAUUUUGUGGAAAGCUUCAAUGCAACCCUAGGAACUGACAGGUGCAAGCCCGUGUUAACUAUGUUAGAGGGAAUUAGGAGAGUCACAAUGGUUAGGUUAGCUGCAAAGAGGCAAAAGUGUGAAGAUUGGGAGAGGCUGUGUCCAAACAUUGUGAAGAGAGCUCAAGUAUUGUGCAAUGAGAGUAGGUCUUGUAGGACUUUCAUGUCUAGUCCAGGGGAGUAUAAGGUGGUGGAGGGUAAAUCAACUCUGUCUGUCAGUUUGAACCAACACACAUGCCUUUGCAAUGUGUGGUAA